AUGAAGCUUGUGGUUCGUGUUAUUGAGGCUAGAAUACCAUAUGAUUAUGGAUUAAGCGAUCCAUACGUGCGGUUACAGUUGGGAAAGCAGAAGUUUAAGACCAAAGUGCUCAAGAAGUGCGUCAAUGCCAAGUGGGACGAAGAGUUUAGUUUUCGUGUUGAGGAUUUGGAUGAGGAACUAAUUGUUUGUGUCAUGGAUGAAGAUAAGUACUUCAAUGAUGAUUUUGUGGGACAGCUCAAGAUGCCAAUUUCACUUGUUUUUGAGGAGGAAAGUAAAUCUCUUACUUCUUGGUAUUCUUUGCAACCCAAAAGCAAGAAAUCCAAACCCAAGGAAUGUGGAGAGAUUCGGUUAAGUAUCUUCAUUACCCACAUGUCUGAUGCUUUGGAGGAGUCAAAUCCCAAUUGUGACCAAAUUUCACAUUCAAGGAAAUGUUCUGAUGUAUUCAGUGAAUCAACUUUAUGGUCUUUCUCGAGCUGUUCAGCUUCAUCUUCGCCUUUGAGAUAUGAUGAGAUCACAUCAUCUAAAGAUGAGAAAUCACAAAAAACUUUUGCUGGCCGAAUAGCUCAAAUUUUUAAUAAAAGUACUGAUAUGUCUUCAAUGUCCAUGAGAAGCACUGACUCGGAUCAGGCUGAAAGUAUUAAAGCUGGAAUUGAUGACAUCAAAAUUGAGGAUCAAUUUGCUAAUAAUGAGACUUUUGAAGAAGUUGUGAGAAAAAUGCAAUCAUUGGACAAUGGGACUGAAAUUCCAAGCAAUUUACCAGGAGGAGUGCUUAUAGAUCAACUAUAUAUCGUAGCACCAGAGGACUUGAACACGCUACUUUUUUCACCUGAUUCAAAUUUCCCCAAGUCAUUGGCAGAUUUACAGGGUACUACAGAAUUACAAGCGGGGCCAUGGAAGUUUGAGAAUGAUGGUACUGAAUCGUCAUUGAAAAGAUCACUUACUUAUGUCAAGGCUGCCACUAAAUUAGUUAAAGCUGUUAAAGCAUAUGAAGAACAAACAUAUGUAAAAGCUGAUGUAAACAAUUUUGCUGUUUUUGCCAAUGUUAGCACUCCAGAUGUUAUGUACGGGAACACCUUUAGAGCAGAAUUACUCUAUGUGAUUACUCCUGGACCUGAGUUACCAUCAGAAGAACAAUGUUCACGCUUAUUGAUAUCAUGGCGGUUGAAUUUUGUGCAGAGUACCAUGAUGAAAGGAAUGAUAGAGAAUGGGGCUCGCCAAGGAAUGAAGGAAAGCUUUAAUCAGUAUGCUAGUUUGUUAUGUGAAACUGUUAAACCUGUUGAUUCAAAGGACCUUGGUUCUAGUAAGGAACAAGUCUUGGCAUCACUGCAAGCCCAAAAACAAUCAGAUGGGGAGCUGGCAGUGCAGUAUUUUGCAAAUUUCACUGUAGUAACAACAGUUGUAAUUGGACUGUAUGUGCUUGUCCACAUUUGGAUGGCUCCACCCAGCAUAGUUCAAGGGCUUGAGGUUCUUGGGGUUGACUUACCAGAUUCAAUUGGUGAAUUUGUUUCAUCUGCUAUUUUGGUUCUUCAAGGUGAAAAAUUGUUGGGUUUAAUUUCACGCUUCAUGCGAGCUAGAAGACAAAAUGGUAGUGAUCAUGGAAUUAAAGCACAAGGAGAUGGUUGGCUGCUUACUGUUGCCUUGAUUGAAGGAAGCAAUAUAGCUUCUGUCAAUUCAAGUGGAAUCUCUGAUCCAUAUGUGGUUUUUUCUUGCAAUGGGAGAACUAGAACCAGCUCCACAAAGUUUCAGAACUCUGAUCCUAUAUGGAAUGAAGUUUUUGAAUUCGAUGCAAUGGAGGACCCUCCAUCUGUGCUGAAUGUGGAAGUUUUUGAUUUUGAUGGACCUUUUGAUGAAACUGCAUCCCUAGGAAAAGCUAAAAUAAAUUUUCUGAAAACAAACAUCUCAGACCUUGCUGAUAUAUGGGUCCCCCUUGAAGGAAAGUUUGCUUUGGCAAGCCAGUCGAAGCUGCACUUAAGAAUUUUCCUGGAUAACACAAGAGGUGGUAGUGUUAUAAAACAAUAUAUAAGUAAAAUGGAGAAAGAAGUGGGAAAGAAGAUUAAUUUGCGAUCUCCUCAGACAAAUUCAGCCUUUCAGAAACUCUUUGGGCUUCCGCAUGAAGAAUUUCUAAUCAAUGAUUUUGCCUGCUAUUUAAAAAGAAAAAUGCCCAUGCAGGGUCGGAUUUUCCUCUCAGUAAGAAUUAUUGGAUUCCAUGCAAAUAUAUUUGGACGCAAAACUACAUUCUUCUUGCUUUGGGAUGACAUUGACGACAUCCAGGUCAUUCGCCCCACAUUUGCGUCAAUGGGGAGUCCAAUAAUUUCCAUAACUCUUCAACCUGGCAGAGGUAUGGAUGCAAGGCAUUGUGCAAAGUCACAAGAUGAAGAAGGCAGGCUAAAGUUCCAUUUCCAAUCCUUUGUAUCUUUUAAUGUUGCCUACAGGACCAUCAUGGCUGUUUGGAAGACCAGAUCCUUCAGUCCUGAACAAAAAGAUCAGAUGGUUGAAGAUGACUCUGAAAGCAAAAGCCUUGCAAGUGAAGAGAAUGGAUCAUUCGUUGACCUUGAUGACGUUAACAUGUCUGAGGUUCAUUGUUCUACUCUUCCAGUCCCUACCAGCUUUUUUAUGGAGUUAUUUAGUGGAGGAGAUUUGGACCGUCGGUUCAUGGAAAAAUCUGGUUGCAUUAAUUAUUCUUUCACACCUUGGGUAUCGGAGAAUAAUGAUACCUAUGAGAGGGCACUAUAUUACAAAUUUGACAAAAGUAAUACACGUUUCAAAGGUGAAGUAACUAGUACCCAGCAAAGAACUGGUCUUCCAGAUGGAAAAGGUUGGCUCUUGGAAGAGGUUAUGAAUCUUCAUGGAGUUCCUCUAAGUGAAUACUUCAACCUACACCUUCGUUACCAAGUUUUUGAAGAUGUACCUGCAAAAAAAAGUUGCAAAGUACAUGUUUACUAUGGAAUUGAAUGGCUAAAAAGUUCAAAGCAUCAUAAAAAGACUUCAAAGAACAUCUUGAAAGGUCUGCAAGAACGUUUGAAGUUGACUUUUGGUGUGAUUGAGAAGGAAUUCUCAUCAAGAUAG